AUGGCAAAGAAAUGCCAAUGGUGUGAGAUUAAGGAAAAUUAUCAUUACUGGCGUAACUUUCCUUCAACAACUCACCAGUUUCUUGUGAUUAUGCCCUACAAUUUCCAUCAACAACUGAAAACUCCUCAGAAGUUUAUUGAAUGUUUCAAAGAGGAAUUGUCAACAUGGUGUACACUAAUCGGACCAAGUGAAAACAAAUGGAGAGUGAAGUGUUCAAGCUCAGCCGAAAAUGAAAUUGAUACGAAAUUCACAGACGGAUGGGAGAAGUUUGUCACUGAUCACGGAAUAGAAGUUGAUGACAUUGUGGUGUUUCGUUAUGCUGGAGAUUCGUCGUUUAAAGUCUUUGUAUUCGAUGGGGAGAGUAGUUGCGAAAGGGAGGGCUCUUACUUUGUGAGUAAUACAUCUUCUAGCUCACACAAAGUUAGUUGUACGAUUACUUUGCACUUUAAGAGGGCUGAUAACAACAAUGGUUCGAGUACGAGUAUGAGUACUCCUGCUCCUACUCCUACUCCUGCCCUGACUCUUAAUCCUUCUCCUGCUGCUGCUGCUGUUGGAAGUUCGCAUAAACCAAUUAUGAUUGAUGAGGAAGACCAUUGUUUGAGCUUUUACUGCUGA